AUGAAUGUAUUGAGCUGGAAUUGUCGUGGGCUUGGGAACCCAGGGACCUUUCAAUUCCUUAAGGAGCUUGUUGCUCAAAAGAAACCCAAUUUUCUUUUUUUGUGUGAAACAAAAUGUCAAAAACAAAGGCUGGAAUGGGUUGGUCAUCAGUUGGGCUUUGAAGGGAUAAUUUGUGUGGAGGCCCAAGGCAGAAGUGGGGGGCUCGGCUUACUCUGGAAACAUGCCGAAGAGGGGUUUCUAUUGGGUUAUUCAAGCAACCACAUAGACCUGGAAGUGAUUAAGGAGGGUGAACCACAUUGGCGUCUCACUGGAUUUUAUGGAGAAUCCAGAAGAAAUUUUCGUCGCACCUCAUGGACUCUUCUCCAUUCACUGGCGGCAUCGUCCCAGCUUCCUUGGUGUGUCAUUGGUGACUUCAAUAAUAUUGCAGCUCAUGAAGACAAAAGAGGGGGUAGUUUGUAUUCUCAGUGGUUGAUUGAUGGCUUCCAAGCGGCUAUGAACCAUGGUGAUCUUACUGACCUUGAUCUGGUGGGAUACCCAUUUACAUGGGAAAGGGGGAGAGGAACUGAGUAUUGGACUGAAAUUAGGCUGGAUAGAGCAAUCGUCAACUCCAGGUGGAAUGGACUAUUUCCGAAUUCGAAGCUCUCUAAUUUGGAAACCUCUCCUUCGGAUCAUAAUCCUAUUUUUCUGGAACCAAUUGUCGUGCAGAACCAUUUCACUCAUCGUCAUUUCCGCUUCGAAAAUGCUUGGCUCAAAGAGCCACUUUGCUACCAAUUGGUUCGGGAUUGCUGGGACAGUCAAGAAGGGAAAUCUUUUGAAGAAAAAUUGCAUUUUUGUGCUGAGAAAUUGAAUACGUGGGGAAGGGAGCUAACUGGUAAUUUCCGACGACGACUUCGACUUUGUAAACAAGAGCUGGAGUAUUUAAAAAGGCAGCGAGACUCUGCUUCCAUUCAAAGGUAUGAUGAAGUAAAGAGGAAGCUUUUUGACAUUCUUGACCAGAGGGAAGUGUUUUGGAAACAAAGAGCCAAACAAUUUUGGCUUAAAGAGGGGGACCAAAAUAGUAAAUAUUUCCACAAGGCAGCUAGCACUAGAAGACGGAAUAAUACAAUCCAGAAGCUAAAAAUGAGGCAGGGGAGUUUGUUGAUUGGGAAAAUGGACUUCAAUCAGUGA